GAAUGUAUAAUCCACUGUAGUGAGGAAACUGGAGAUUUGGUCUCUCUUAAAGACCACGAGUCGUGGAAAACGCUCUUAAAUGCUGCAGUUAUCCGUAACCAUGAGGGUAUCCUUACUAUUGCAAAAACUUUGAAGGAAGGCGAGAUACCACGGAUCUCAUAUCAUGGUAAAUGUCGAGGUAUCUUUACCUUGAAGAGGGAUCUAAAAAAGAGGGAUCUAAAAAAGCUGUCUCAGUCUGUUAUUCAAGUCGAAGAGCAAGAGGACACAAGUAGCCCCAGAUCUUCGAUACGACAACCCGUGACCACACAAAGUAGGAGUCUUUGA